GCAGUAGUUCAGUUGGAAAGAUAGAUUCAUCGACGAAGCUUCAAACCAGGUACCAAAAUGAGCGAUAACGAGCUUUCAGACGCAGUUACCCAAGCGCUUUUGGAGCUGUAUCAACGCCAUGGCAUACCUAUGGUCUCGCAACCGAUGGUCGGAGUUGGGGAGAAUGCCUACGGACAGGUUCUCCGGGUGAGUUGGCCCACGAUCGCGGACGCAGUCACCGUGGUGGUCAAAAUGGCACCAAGGAACGAGGCCCGAAGAUCCCAUAUGCACGUCGUGGACUACUAUGCUCGCGAGGUCUUCAUGUACCAGGAGGUGUUCCCCGUUUUCCGGGCACUAUCUCCAGAUCGUAACACUUUCACCGUGGCACCGGCCCUACAGGCCAAUGACUUGAAAGCUCCCGAUGAGUUCUUGAUAUUCGAGGACCUGUCCGAAAGUGGAUUUCGGCCCAAUUCGCGCAGUAUCAUGCCUACCUACGACAUCGUGGUCUGCUCCCUGAAAGCUUUGGCGGAGCUACAUGCAUGCUCCUUCAUCCUGCAGCAGACCAAUCCCUUGCAGUUCAAGCAGUUGGUGGAGUUCGUGGAGAAGGACAACCUAUUUACACCCGACAUUGAGGAGGUCACAAUUGAGUUUGGAAAGGCGCAGUUGCGCAGGGCGAGAAACAUCCUGAAUGAAUCCGAUGGCGACCAAGUGGCCGCGGUCCAGGAAGUCCUGCAACUGUGUGAAAAGCAGCUGAAAUCCUUGGCUCUUUACUGUGUGGAUGGAAAGGCGCAGGCGCCACAUGCUGUUAUCUGUCACGGUGACUUCUGGAAUAACAAUAUUCUCUAUAGGCAUGAGCCCAAUUCUGAUCAACCUGUGGAGGCCAAGCUGAUCGACUUUCAAAUGUCUCGCUAUGCACCUCCGGUACUGGAUAUAGUCCAUUACCUGUUUGCCUGCACGGAGAAACGAUUGCGGGACGAGCACUUCCCCGCCUUCAUGGAUGCUUACUACAACACGCUGGACCAGAAAUUGAAGUCCUGCCAUCUUUCCCUCAAGGACAUAUAUCCGCGCAGCGUCUUCAAUCGGCAAUUGCAACUGUACGGUGUUUACGGCUUGAUAAUGGGAGCAUUUUCUCUACCCUUUUUCAUUUCCAAUGCCAACGAAGUAAUUGAUAUCGACACGGUUUCCGAGGCCAUCCAGAGUAUUUCGACAUCCUCUGAGGAACCCAAGUACAAGGAGCUGAUUGAAGAAUACGAAGUUCUUAACGCCCGGACUUUACCGAUUUUCAAGCGGCGAAUCACUGGUAUCGUCGAGGAUCUUAUAAAGUACAACAUGACGGAGCCGCUAUUCAAACUGGACUCCGAGCCAAUUGCUAAAGUAUUAUAGAUAAUAACAUUAAUAGAAAACUUCCCAUAGAAGUUAAGGGUGUAAAUAUGUUGAGUGUAAGCGAGGCACAACUAAAGCUUCUGCCAGUAUACAUAUGUGAUUCUUUCAUAUUUAUUCAGGGAACUCUAAGAUUCUACAAAUUCACAACUUAAAUUAAAAUCCGCAUAACAAAUAAAGUUACCUAAAUGUCUGCAACUGGAUUGUGUAACUAAGGUUUAAACUAAGUAUGUACAUUUAGUAUGUAUAGUGAUGAUAAUGGUUUCCUUACCACGUUCGGUAGAAAAACACAAUUUGAUUGUUUGCGGGUGUCUAAGGUAAAUGAUCUUCUUAAGAAAUACUACCAAAUAAGUCAUAAUUUGAAUGCUUAACCAAUUUCAACGCAACAUAAAUAUUGUUCUUUCGAUUUGAUGAGGUUAGUACUACUCUAUUAUUUAGUACAUACAUAUAUGUACGAUAUAAUGCGCGGCUAUAGCUAUCAGUAUAGCUAUUUACAUGGCAUGCACUUGCAUAGUCCAAGAAUAGACCUUAUCUUAAACUAAAGGCCUACACAGUACAAUAUGUGUCUUGCACUAAAACUAAGCUUUUGCGUGUCUUCUGGUAUAUAAUAAAAUAACAACUCAUUGAGUUUAUUGCA